AUGCUCACUCGAUUCCCCAGCGCCGUCGCCUCGCCUCGUGCCGUCCUUCGGUACGUUUUCCUCGAUUCACAACAGAAUCGGAUGCUUCCUUCCAAGCCUAUAGAUAUCCUUCUCAAGAUUCAAGGAAAUUAUCAAUAUCCCCAAGUUGCCAACCACCCAAAAACCAUCCCUCACAACCCCCGUUGAGACCACUGAAGAGUCCUGAAUUUAUAUGCGUUCUUGACGUUUUGGCGCUCUAGCACCAUAUGAAUUCAGCAUUCUCACUUGGUCGAUCUUUAUUUUACCUCCCACAAAACCUUGUUUCCCAAGAUGCGAGUUUUUCCAUCUGCGCAACUGAAAAAAAAAUUUUUUUUCGUCUAGUUUUGGAAACGACCAGCUGCACCUGCGAAGGGAAAGAGGAUCGUUCCGCGGACUUUUUCCCACCCUAAAAACAGGAUGAAGCUUUAGGAUGACGCUCAAGAAGUUCAUGACGCAGUUCACCUCUAAAAACAGAGAUUUGAAGAUUAUGAAAUAAGAACGUCAUUUUUGAUUGAUUUCUUGGAUUGUUUUUUUUUAUGGAUUCAAGAGUUUUGGAUUUUUUUUUUGAGUUUUCCCCUUCUCUCUAUUCCUAUUCCAAAAAAGUACAACUAACGGCGAAAAAAUCUUUUUUAUGACUCAUAUCCCAAGGCGCAAGCUAGUUCGGGUCGGCGGAUGAACAAGAGAGGGGAUAAAGUUUUCGCGUUGAUAAAUGCGAUAUUCCAUAGUAUUUCGAGUAAGUUUUAAGAAAAUGAGGGCAAUUACGUCAUAUUAAAAAUAUGAUUACAGUCUUUUUUUUUCAAAAGAACAAAUAAAUUAAAUUAAAACAGGGCGAAAGCGGUGUGAAGAAUCUUUGAAAAUGACAUGAAACACACUGAAAAUAUUUUCAAACGAACUAAUUUUUGCAUUUAUUUGAAAUAGAUGACUUUGUUUUCGAAAAACUGCUAAAUGUUUUAUUUAUACUCUGAAGACACCCAAAUUUUUUUAUAAUUUCUUAAUGUUGUCAAUCAUUUUAGGCUCUUAAAAAAAUGAAUUCGAAACUGUAACCCUUCCUCUUUUUGAUACGUUAAUAUUAAAUUCCAACAUCCAGAAUUAUUUUUUUAAAGGUCUUGAAACGAUUGAAAAAGUGGGUAAAGGCUCUCUAAAAAGUUUCAUAUUUAGUCGCUUUUUUUAUUGGCAAGUAAAAGUAAAUAAAAUUGGUUCGGAAACUGAAAAUCAAAUUAUUUUUUUAUCCAUAAGUUUAUUAAAAAUUUAAACUAUAAUUUCAAAUUUGAAAGAACUUUUUCUAAAUAUUUUUUUAAUUUUAUUUUUUUGAAGUUUAAGAAAAAAAUUUCAAUCACCCAACGUCUUUUCCUUAUUUUUUUCUUUCAACCCCUCAAGAAAAAAGAAAAUGAUAUCCGAUGUGGUCGGCCCAAAAAUUUUCCCAGUGAAUAGGGAGGUCAGGGACGCAGAGGACGACUUCGACUCCGCCCACUUUUGUUUUCGCCCCUCGACUCUCCGCUCAUCAUUCAUUGUCUCACUCGCACUCAACAGCCCACACCAACUGGAGAUUUGUUUUUUUGUCCUUCGCUAUUAUUACAGCCUUUUUUUCCACCGAAAAAGACAUUUUCUGGUAAAAAUGCAUUUUUAACGGUUCAAGAAAUGAAAAUAUGAAAAAUCAGUAAGUUUAAAAAGAAACCAAAGAAAACCAAGGAGAAGAUUUCCGUGCGGAAAAAGAAAAAAAGACAUGAAAACAAAUUUUAACACCCAACAAAAAUAUUUCAAAUAAAAAUUGGAAAAAUUUUUCGGGUUUCUAUGAUUUUUUUACAUCUAGUUUCCUUUGAAAAUGUUCAAAAAAAUUAAAAAAAUCCGAAAAUUCAGUUCUAACUAUCAGGAGUAAUGCCUAUAAACAAAGAAGUUUGAGAAAAUCGGGAAUUUUGUAUUUGUUUCGAUAUAUGAUCUUCGGUCGUCAGAUUCCCGUUUCAAAACGAAAUUUUUAAAAAGUUAGUCAAUUUUUUUAAAAUUCUUCGCUUUUUCUGUGCUUUCUAUAAAAAAAACAUUUCACUUAUUAUAAAAAAAUAUUAAAAAAAUAAUUAUAGGUUUAGUCACUAAAUUCAAUAAUAUAAUAAUGAGGAAUUGAACUCUUAGCUUUUUCAAAUAAUAUUAAAAAAAGCGAAGAAAUAAUUCUUGAAAAAAAUACAUAAAACAAUUUGACAGCUUAUUGAAAGGCGAAAAAGAAUCGUCUGUGAGAAAAAAACUUUUCCCAUGAAAAAAAUUUUUAAUUUUUAUUACAUGAAAAAAAAUAAGAUUACAUGAAUAAAGAAACGAAAAAAAUAAAAAAAUAUCUGAACAAUUCGUUGUUUUUUUGGGCCAUUGUCCGCUACAAAAAAAUUGAUAAAAAAAUUUUUGAAGAAAGUUUUUUUGCCUGUUAACGAGAUAUAUUCAAUUUUCGCACAACCUAAAAAGGAUCCACAAAAUCGAGAAAAUUUCUACUUCUAAUUUUUUUCGCCAAAUUCCGUUGGAACACAGGAUUGUGGUAUAUAUACUUUAACCAUAAUAAUUUUUCUUGAGAUUAUUUUUAAAAUAUAGUUUUUUGUUUCUUCCUGUUUAUUACAGGAACGGCAAAAUUUCCGAUAAAGGACUUGUCGCAAAAAAACAAUAAAUAAUGCAUUCUUCACAAGGACACCCCACUGUUUUCGUUUUUCGUCGGCUUCUCCGAGUUAAAAAGUUCAAAACUCCGACUUUGGAACAAAAAACAGCGUCUAAAAGGGGGCGGAGUCUGAUCGAAGCCGCUCUCGCGGGCCACAGCUCCCGAAAAAAAAAGACUCACACGCGGAGAGCGUCUUUCUUGUCUCAUUUUUCAAACCAGAAAAAAAUUUAGGACAUGUCUGGACGAGAAAAAAAAAAUUAAUGUGCAGCGAUUUAGUUGUCUGGAAUUUAAAUUAAUUUCGAUUAAGGUAAAAUUCUGCAAGUUGUGGAAAAAAAGAAAUUUUAAAAUUAUGAUAUUCUGUUCUGGACAUUGCCACACAGUUAAGCCGAGUUCAACGUGAAUAAAAUUAGCUUUUGAGCACACUUGCUGCUAAAUAUUCUCAAUAUUAGGGCGUUUCUUGAACUCUCAUUCCAUUAGAAAAAAAUACAAAUAAGGAAGCUACAGACAUUAUCGAAGAUUCUCGGCCAUCUAGGGAUCACUUGAGUGACUUCAGACUUUUUUCGAGGAUAUUAGCAAUGGAGCGCGUUUUCCGCGACUUCCCGCGAAACUCAAAAUUUUACUGCCUGCAUCUUUAUAAAUAAACUUUUCAUGGAAAACAAAAAUUUGCACCUUCAAAUAAUUCAAACUUUCAACCAGAGUUGUGGAAAACCACAUAAGGCCAUGAUGAUGCAUUUUCGAGUUUCUUUUUCGGGUUACCUUCCAAAACGUCCCAUUUUAUUUUCGGCCCAUCGAAUUGUUUUUUUAAAGAACAAGCUUACACCGUGGUAAAGAUGAUUUUUUUUUUCUCGAAAAUUGGAAUAAUUUCCUCGUUAACUCAUUUAAAGACCGUUAAAGUACAAUAAUUCGGCCUCAGUUCCCAUUUUAUCAGUUAUUUGAAUGACAGCUCGGGCCUCGAGUUCCGAAACAACUCUUCUUCUCGCGAAAUAUUCAAAAAACUAGUAAGUUGGCUUUUUUCUUGGAAAGUUAUCAGGACAGAACUAGGACGAGUUUUAUCGGAGAAAAGACACGGCGUGUCACUUUUUUUUUAACUUUAAACUAUAAUCGAAGACCCCGAUUCACGGAAUAUAUUCUUCCUAAAUUUUGCUGGAUUGCGCCGAAAAUUUUCCAGUUUACGGAGUUCUUUUUUUAGAUGUAUCAAGAAAGAACUGGUUUGAGCAGAAAAAGAUAGUACGCGUCACUUUUUUAGACUUAAAACUUCAAUCAAAGCGGUUCUUAUUCACCAAAAGUCAACUUUUCAAGUAAAUUUAUUGAUUUGCAGGCGAGAAUUUGUUCAAAAACAGGAUCAGAGCUUGGAAUCGAGGCCGAUGGAGCAUCGAAGACCCAACUCACGACAAGAGACGCUCUAGAAAAGCUCAAAAUACGCUCACAAAACGCACACAAAACGCUUUGGCCCGUGUUGUCGAGUCGCGGUCGUGUCUCUGCGUCUCCGAUCUCUCGCCGACCUGGUCGCGCUUCCUAAAGCGAGAGAGUGUGCGGCCCCGCGGAGGGUGCGUGCAGGGUCGGUAGACGCCAAAAAAGUAGGCGUGGUCGGCCAUGAACCACGCCCCCUUUUUUACUCCUCUCCCACCACCUCCAUCGAUUCGUUUCGUUUUUCUCUCGGUCCCUUCUUGACUGACUGCUGGUAUUGUUGUAUUUUGGCAUUUUAUUGAAACCUUGUUCCCUAAUGAGAAUGAUUUCCUUCCGUUUGGUCCAGUUUUUUCAACGCGUUUUGAAUAAUUUUUGAAUGUUUGAAAUUAAAACUUCCUUGAAUUCGUUCUUGGUUUUCGAGAACUGCUCUGUAUAUUCUUGUUUGCAUAAAUAUUUUGAUCUCUUCCGACACUUUUUCGAAUAUUUUUGAGAUUUUAUUCGCCUAUUCAAAAUAUAAAUUUUUUCCUGACGACUCGAAGAUUCUAUUCAUCAUAGGAUCUACCUUCUUUCUUAAUUUUUUGUUGUUGUUUUUUGUUCACUUUUUUACUCGAUCAGUGGGAUACAUAAAUAAACAUUUAAAAAAAUUUUAUUUUUUUCCGACUUUUUUUAAAUGUGCGCUGUUGAAAUCAACAUUUUUUUAAACUUACACUUUUUUCAAGUUAAAGAGGUUUGAAAAAAACCUUGAAAUCCUCAAACAAAAAAAUAAAGUGAUUUUAAAUUGAAAAUGUCUCAACGUCAGAAAAUUUUAUCCGUCGAGCAAAUUUGCAUCAGAACAUUUUUUUUCUUUCUGAUUCAUUUUUCUUUGAACUAAAUUUCGUCAUGGUCUUGAUUAAAAAACUGAAAAAAAAUCUCUUAUCAUCAGUCGCUUAGUAGACCUUCCAAAACGUCGCAAGCAACCUCGCGAAUUUCGCGCUUGUGGGCGUGGCCUAUUUUCGCCAGCGGGCCUCUGGCCACCCCGAAUGGAUAUCGCAGUUCCAUUUCGUUUUUAUGAACUUAGACGUUGUUAAUAGCGCCUUUGCUAGUCUUUGGUAAGAAUUAAGCUUAUUUUUUUAUAAUAUUUAUAUUUGAAAAAAACACCCUGAUUUAAAAAUGAUGAUUGCACUGUUAGCCUAAAAAGAUUAAUUUUUUUAUAUGAAAAACUUGAUUGAAAAAAAAUGGCUAAACGAACUGCGGAAAUCGCGGCAAUCUCUUGAAGCUUUUUUGUUGAUAUUUAAAUUUUUUUUUGUGAGAGACGCUUUUUUCACACGAGGCGUGGUCCAAAGUAAGGGAAUAAGCUUUCCUGUGAAGUUUUUUUGUACGUAAAUCUCCUUUUUUUUGUUAAAGUCGUAUCAGUGAAUGUGAAUGAAAUUUGCCAAAGUUUGAAAGCGGAAAAGUGAAAAACUUUGGAGCGCUAUUCUAGGGAAUCAUAGUUUAUCGUAAAAUUCAACAGUCGGUGACCAUCAUUUUUUUCAUUGUAAUGAAGCUGAUUCCCCAAUGAUUUUAUUGAGUAUGCCAAGAAAAAUUUAGUAUAUCCAUUUGCGAAAAGGCGCGAAAUGUCUUGUCGACAAGAAAUUUUUUGGAAGAUUGGCCACGCCCACAAGCUGCGCCUUUAAAAUUUCAAGCGAAUUUUGAAAAAAAAUUUUCUUUCGAUAAAGUUUUUCAAGGUUUUUUUUGUGAGUUGAUCCUAUUACCGUAAUAAAAGUUCAUAAGGAUUAUUAUUUUCCAGCCGAUAAAAGUAAAUUUGAUGUUUUUGUAACGCUUAACCUUUUCACUUUCUUAACACUACCUUUCUUUUUUACUAUGUUUUUUCGCCAUUUUAUUUCGAUGAACGUUAAAAUAAGUUCAUUCACUCUGUUAAAGCACAAUCCUUUCAGCUGUUCCUGAAAAGUAAAAGAAACUUACAAAAAAUAUUUCUUGUCCUAGAAAAUGCUGAGCCGCACUUCUUUUUGAAGCUCUCUCUUCGUGUUUUUUCUACUUCCUACCAUUAAUAUAGCUAUUUCUAUCUCAAUCAUAUUUUUUUGUUCAGACUGAAUUAAAACAAAGAAUACUUGGCUGUUUGGCGAUUCCAAACAUCGUCAAAAUGCGAACGGAUCAACUUCUACGUGUGCGGAGCCUUGAGGAAGUGGUUAGUUUCUAUUUUUUCUGAAUAAUAUUAUUUUGUAAAAUCUUUGCUGUUAGUUUUGAGAAGACCUUAGAUCCUGGAAGAACUGGAAAAAGUUUGAAAAAGUUCUUUGCUCUGAUUUUUCGAAAAAUAGAUGUUCUUUUUCUGGAGCAUGUUCUUUCAAAAAAACACCAGCAUGGCUUUUUCGGAUAAAUUACAAAACUAAAGUUAUCUUUCUCUUCGUAAAAUUCUGAAACUUUUCAAUUUCAAUUCAGAUCAUAUUUAGUCAAUAAUUCCAUUGAUUUUUCAAGAAAGAAGACAUUCCUGAAUGGACGGAUCAGGCGCGAGGCAUUUUUAUCGCUCUGGUCAAAGACCGGCGCGCCAUUUGGGAUUCUCGUUUCAAAGUGGCCAAGGUUUUUUAUUUGAAAAGGAGGGAAAUUUGAAAGAGAACUUUUUUUAGGAACGUGUGAUGCAACUUUUCAAAGACGUUUCCAACACCCUCGUUCUUCAGGAUCAGCGAAUGAAUGGUAAAUUUAGAAAAAGGGAAACAUUUCAAAGCUUAAAAUUAUUUGUUUUUAUUUGAAAUGGUGCAAUUUGAUAAUAAGCAUUGAUGGGAGGUUGUGAGGAGUUUGCUCAGAAGAAAUUUUUUUGAGCAAUCGGCGCUUCAAAAUUAUUUUCACGAAAUUCAGCGCUUCAUCGAGUGUUCACUUCAGGACUUUCAACCGGUUCAAUCGAAAAAAAUUGUUUGAUAAUUAUUCUGGCUUUGAACGUUUCAUUAUAAACUCUUUUUUUGUUAUUUUAAGAUAUUCCAGCAGAAAAAAAGUUAUUCUUGUUUUUUUAUAAUUCCAUUUUUCUGAUAUGAAAGUUGGUAAGGAAAAUGAAUUUUUCAUCAAAAAAAAUAUUUCUAUUCAUCGAAAUACCCCGUUGCGCCAAGAAUCUAUAAUCUUUUCUGAAAUUUUGAUUUUUUUUUUCAAGCUUUGUACUUGGCUAACUUCUCCUUGUUUCCAGAAUGGGCUCUUUUGGAGAAAUGGUGUUGGCUGGUGGAAGUUUAUUUGCGCGCAGUUUCCCCAGAAACUUCAUUUCCGUGGCGCUACACCGGCGCCAUGAGUUUCCUCAGCGAAUUCAUCGGAUGCGGUUAUCAAUAUUUGAAGUUUGUUGCUUCCGAAAAUGUUUUUAAUGAUUUUCAAAUAUUUCAGCUGCAUUCCCAAGGAGCGUAUCGUACACCUCACCGCGAUUUAUGCCACUCAAAACGAGGAAAUCGAAGCAAUGGCGGUUGGUUUUUACAUGAGAAUUUUAAGGAAAAGAAAGGAAAAAGUUAUUUUUUUUGUGAAUAUUAAGAGGAAAAUCUAUGAUUCAUAUAUUUUAGUUUUCGGUUGGUUUUGACUGGAAAUUUUUUUGAAAAAGACAUUAAAAAAAUUUUUACUGUAAAAUCUAUGAACUAUAUUUAUAUUCUUCGAGUGACAUGAAAAAAACCAAUAUUUUUAAGGAAAGCAAAGAUAACACGAAAAUUUAAAGCCCCUUUUACUGCGAACAAUUUAUGAAAAAUCGUGAUUUAUCCUCAUGUUUUUAACGAGAAAUACUGGAAGAAAGAAUCAAAACGAAGUUAUAAAAUGUCAUCUCUUUGAGCUCAAAUUAUAAUUUUUUUGAAGUUUUUAUUGCAAUCUAUUCGAACUGAAAACGCACAAAUCGCGUUUCUGGAUGUUUUUUUCUGAAUGGCGUCAAUAACUUUUGAAUGAAGUAACAAGGAAAUUGAAAAGUCUUUUUUUUCGACUAUAACAAGUAUGUAACUUUGCGCCGUUCUGUGUGCGCCAAAACUAUCAAAGCUCGCGGAAUUUUUCGGACGUAGCGCAAGGAAAAAAAUAUAGAUUAAAUUGUAGGACUUUUUUUUCAAGAAAAAAAACUUUGAAUUUGAAAAUUAUGAAAAAGGUAGUUUAAUCUUAAAACACUACUGAGAGGUAACAAUUGCUUUUCGAACAUUUAUCAAGUUGAAAAUAAACUUUCCACAUAGUUUUUGGGUAACAACGUCUCUUUUACAGAAGCCUUUAAAAUGCGUAGACAGAGCUGAUCGAGGGGGCUCGACGGUCGGACUCUUCAAGGAAAAUGCUCAGGCCUACGCUCAGAGAAUGGCCAUCAUUGCUGAAAAUCGACAAGAUCCGACCCUCACGGUCCGAUCCGUCUUGGGUGCGUGUUCUUGAAUUUUCUGGUCGCAUUGAGAAUGGCUCUACGCGUUGCGGUCGCGCAGAAUUUUGAGCUUUCGAAGGGUCGAUGAACCAAAAAAGAAAGUGCAUUAUAUUUUGCGGUCAAGAAAAUUGCAAGAAGGGCAGGCUAUUUUUGAAGGUACCAGAUAACCUUAAAAGUACCAACUAAUUUCUCAGAAAAAAGAGUUAUCAAAAGCCCAUUUUUUGCGAUUUUCGAUGAGUUUUCAGGAUUUUGACGUGUCGCAACCAGGUUUUCGCAGUUCGAGACCUUUAGGACUUUAAUCAAGGAGUUUUCUGAUCGAAUAUCAGGAAUUUCCGCAAAGGGAAAUGACGUUUCUCGUAAGGUUUUCGAUAUAUCGUCGUGCGAAAGUGCUUGCGUUAAGCCAAUCUAAAUGCGACCAAAAUUUGUACAAAUCAUAGAAAACUUUCUAUGAAAUAAUAAAUUUCAUAAGAUAAAAUCGAAAACGAAGAUUACAGAUAAAAUAAGAAAGAACGGUCUGACAAUCGCCAUGGCGGAGCCGGAUGGUCAGGCUUCGACCAAUGGAAACUCGUCCUCGAAGCACCUGACUCCUGCCGCGGCCAUCGAGCAAUACUCGGCUAUGAUGAGCAACAGUACGUUAGCAUCACAUGUUUUCAUCUAAGUGAUCCCUUUAGUGAACAGCUCGCCUGAGCAAUCGGAGCCGCCGCUGCAGCCGAGGAAGCGAGGUCGUCCGAAGCGAUUCAGCUCCGCCUCUUCGACUUCGGAAUUCGAAAAAGUUUUUCUUUUUUCAAGAUUUCCAAUAUGAAAAGGAUCUCAGAGCAAAAUCAGAUCUUUUUAAAAUUCCUUGACUUUAGUUUUUCUAGUUUGUUUAAAUUUUCUCAUAGUCAUACUAGAGUUUCAUAUAGUUCUGGGUAACUUUUUUAAAGUUCGAUAUUCAUCAGAAACCCGAGAAAAAGGAGGACUCUCCAUCGCCACCCCAACCGAAGUCAAACGGUUCUGCUCCGCCCACUAAAAGGGGGCGUGGCCGGCCAUCCAAAACUCCGGUUCGGGACGAACCAGUGAAGCAGGAACCUGCGGAGGUUGGAAUGAAUCUUGAAAACAUAAGAUGAUUAAAUAAAAUAGAAGGAAGAAAGUGAGGUGAAGUCCGAAGCGGGCGACGCCGAACCGACGAGCUCCGCGGCUCUUCCUCAUGCCGAAAUUGAAGAAGAACCUUCUGAUGGAAAAGUGAAGUGAGUAUGUUUGCCUUAAUUGUCAGAAUAUGUCGAUGUUUUCCGACUAAAAUUUCGAUUUUUUCUUUUGUGAAUUUUUGAUUUUUAUUCUCAAAAAUUUUGAAGAUAUUGGGAAGUUAGGAAGGUAAAAGUUAGUAAGGCUUUGUCGAUUUUUUUCCUGUUUUUCAAGAUGUUUUUUUCUCCGAUUUUUCAGAGAACUUAUAAAUUUAGGAUUUGACAACAUUAUAUAGUGCAAAGCAAGAAAAAUUUCCAUUGACUUUCGGGAAAAUCGAGCUUUCAAACUAGAGUUUAGCCGUUGUUAAAAAAAGUUUUCUUUUAAAAGUUCACGAAUGAAAACUUUGGUUCGAAGGAAAAUAUUUGCAAAAAACAAUUAUUUUCUAGCUAAAUUCACAAAAGAUCAUCUUUCUCUAAUACUCUCUUUUCUAUUCGUGCUCAACUUUCAUGAAGUAUUCUUCAAGAUUUACCGAGCCGAUGUACAAGUUCUUGGCGGACUUCGUGCGACACAAGCCUCUGCUCUGGCACACGCGACAUCCGAAUCGCAACGUCCCCCACAUGAGGAUCGCCAUCUUCGAAGAAAUCGUCCAGCAGAUGCGCAUUCUCAUGUCCGGCCUCGUUCCGAAUUCCGUCCUCAGUGCUCUCACAGGUCUUGCUUGAACUAUGCCCAUCUCUCAGAUCUUUCGAUUAUUCAUUUGUUCAUUUAUUUCACUGAACCGUCAUUGUAGGCGCUACAGCAGGAGCCGUUUUUUUAUUUUUAUCGAAAUGAUAUAGUUUUUUUAACAUUCGCUUCAAGACCUUUUUUGCAGUUUGGUAAAGCAAAAAGUGCAAAGAAAUCGGUGUUUACGAUAGCUUUCUUCUUUUUAUAAAAUUUGAACGUCUUGCGCGGAACACACUAUACUGAAUUCUAGGAGUUUAGGGACCUAAAUCUCUGCUUGAUGCUCUCAUAGGCAAACACGCAAAGCGCACACCUCUGAUUGCGGACUUUUUAAUACAGUAAUCCUUGAAAAAGCAAAACUGGUUCUUGAAAUUGAACCAUAUAAAAGCUACCAUCAAUAGAGAAAAGAUAAUGCAAAACUUCUGUGUUUACGGUAGCUUUACUUUUGCUGUGCUUUCAAAACGUGACUCUCCCCGACGGAACGCAGUAUUCUGACAGUUCGCAUUGUGAGAUGUUUCUGACCACUCAGAUAGGCAACACACAAAAACAGCUCACCUCUGAUUGCGGACUUUUUAAUACAGUAAUCCUUGAAAAAGCAAAACUGGUUCUUGAAAUUGAACCAUAUAAAAGCUACCAUCAAUAGAGAAAAGAUAAUGCAAAAAAUCUGUGUUUACGGUAGCUUUACUUUUGCUGUGCUUUCAAAACGUGACUCUCCCCGACGGAACGCAGUAUUCUGACAGUUCGCAUUGUGAGAUGUUUCUGACCACUCAGAUAGGCAACACACAAAAACAGCUCACCUCUGAUUGCGGACUUUUUAAUACAGUAAUCCUUGAAAAAGCAAAACUGGUUCUUGAAAUUGAACCAUAUAAAAGCUACCAUCAAUAGAGAAAAGAUAAUGCAAAAAAUCUGUGUUUACGGUAGCUUUACUUUUGCUGUGCUUUCAAAACGUGACUCUCCCCGACGGAACGCAGUAUUCUGACAGUUCGCAUUGUGAGAUGUUUCUGACCACUCAGAUAGGCAACACACAAAAACAGCUCACCUCUGAUUGCGGACUUUUUAAUACAGUAAUCCUUGAAAAAGCAAAACUGGUUCUUGAAAUUGAACCAUAUAAAAGCUACCAUCAAUAGAGAAAAGAUAAUGCAAAAAAUCUGUGUUUACGGUAGCUUUACUUUUGCUGUGCUUUCAAAACGUGACUCUCCCCGACGGAACGCAGUAUUCUGACAGUUCGCAUUGUGAGAUGUUUCUGACCACUCAGAUAGGCAACACACAAAAACAGCUCACCUCUGAUUGCGGAUUUUCAAAUACAGUAAUCCUUGAAAAAAGAAAAAACUCGCUCUUGACAUAGAACCAUAUAAAAGCUACAGAGCAGAAAUAUUCGGAACCGUCUUACAGGAGAAGCCAUGAGCGAAGCUUGGGACUACCUUUCCGACAAGUUCCAAGAGGAGGAGAAGAACUUUGGGCAGCAGUCGACGUGGGAACUCUUCAAGGUGCUCCUUUUUCAGGAUAGUCAAACCAGUAAAGUGUUCUAGGAGCUGCACUUCCUCUCGCCGCAGGUCAUGCAGGCUUGCAUGUACGAGGACAUCGUCCCGCGUCCCGUUCCGCGCAACUACAGCUACCGUCCCAAGUCUGGAGCUGCUCCUGGAGUCGCUAGUUCGUUUGAAAAAUGUAUAAUCAGUGAAUGAAUUUUUCUAAGGGGUUUCUUAAGGGAGAGAAGGUUCUAGCAGGUUGGACCUCAACCAGAUUUUGCGAAGAUUUAUACACGUGAAUAAGGAAUGAAAGAAUUUAAAACGUCCUUUUGUUUUCUUCAUAAAUAAGCGACACGUAGAAAUUAAGAAAAUAGAAUUAUUAUCGCUCAUCAAUACAAAAAAUACAACAGAGAAGUCUGAAAGUCUUUUUCGCACGAUGUUGUGCCAACUGGGGAACUUUCCUUUAAUACUGCCCCAAAAAAAACGAGAAAAGAGCUUCAUUUAUUUUCCCAUUUCCUCUGUUUCCCAAAAGAUUUUGAAUUUGACUGCUGAAGGGCAGCAGCGAAAGAAGUCGAAUCGGGCCCAGGCCGCCGCGUUUUGGCGUGUGAAAGCAAAUAUUCUUCGUGUGAACGACUUAGCUCUCGCCAUUUUGGCACCACUGGCGCCAGUUCUCAUGAUGUUUCCGCUCUAGUUUUUUGUAGUUUUUUCUUUGGCCCCAAAAAAGACUUUAUUCUCGAUCAAUUUACUAGAAAUUUUAUCAUUUUCCGACUUUCCACUAGUUUUUUGAGAAAUAUUAAAUUUGUUUUCGCCCACCUCCUUUUGAAUUUCGUUGGCGAGAAAGCGUCGUUUCAAAAAGUCCUGGUGUGGGAAUAUUUUGAGCGGUUGGGUCCCAUCGCAUGGAAUUAUUUUUUUCCAACCCUCGUCUUGCCGUUUUAUUUUUACAUUAUGGCUCUUUUGGUGGCACUCAUGAUUAUGUUUCUACAAAGAAAAAAUGAAAGUUUCUCUUCUGAUUCGCCCAAAUUUAAAAAGUGAAUUCGAAAAUUCGAUCAAUAUCGAUAAGAUUAGGUUUAGCCUUGAAAAAAGCUUAAAAUUGAAAGGAAAUUUUUGUAAUCGUGUCAUACUUUAAUGUGUGAUAUCGAAUUUAUAUAAAAAAAACAUUAUUUUAAAUCAAUCAUAAUUGACUUUUUUUUUGAAAUGUCGUCAAGUAAAACCUUUUUACUCCGUUUUUUUUACCCUUUUAAAAUUUUUUGUCCAGUUAAAAGCUGCCAAAAUGAGUUUUGGAGACAUUUUGAAUACUCAAAUUUGUGGUAUCAUUCUAUAAUAUUUAAAUCCUCUUGUGAAGAAAAAAUUCGUAUAUAAAGAUCUCAAGCGACCUUUCUUACGUCUAGCCAUUUUUCGAAAAAAAAAAAAUUUAAGACAAUCUUUCAACAAAAAAAUCUUCAUGGCCGUUUUACAACCGCAAAGAUGCCGAGCCAAGACUUUUCAAAUCGUUUCGUUUUCAAGCCAUUGUACAAUUUCAUAGAUGGGAGGACAUUUUCCACCCCCACACUUUCUAAACUAAGAGCAAAAAUAUCUUCCUGAGGCUUGAAAUUAUUUUAAACCUUAUUUUUCAAACUUUCGUACCCGUCUCCUGAACUAAUUGAGUCCCGUACUUUCCCACUUGGGAUUCGAAUAUAUAUUUUUUUAUACUUUUCCCUUCAUCCUUCAUUUUCUUCGUUACAGACCCCGAACCGGAGCCGCGACCGAUAACGAUGACCAACGAGGCGCUGAUGGCCAAGUUCAACCCGUCGACCUCAGCGAGCGAAGCGAUCGCCGCCCUGCUUGCCAACUUUGGUGGUGAUCGCAGCAUCGCCGAAGCCUUGGCGAUCGUUCCGCGACAGCUCGCCGCUAUGGCCACGGUCCCCGUCGCGACGACCUCCACGUCUUCUUCCUCGACGUCGCCUUCUCUCUGCGCAGCCCCCUCGGAUUCUCCAACGACUUCCGAUGGUCCUGAACUCGGCUUCAACGCCAACUUCUCCAACAAGAGAGAGAAUAAGUAAUAAGAUCUCACCUGAUCAUUGCAAGGCUUUUGUAUUUCUAGGGAGUUCGAAGGUGGACCGCCGAGCAAGAAAAUGGCGAUGAGCCCCGGUCAGCAGUCCUCCAAUGGAAACUAUGUCCUCAUCAAUGAUUUUGGAAAAACGCCAACUGUUAGUUUUGAGAAUCAUUUGGAAGAGAAAAAAGUAGGGAAGUAGAGAGCGAAAAAGGAGCUUUAAAAGCUUUUAUAAAGCAAAAUUUUAGUCUGUUUGAGCCUUCUCUUCAUUGGAAGUCGGUGAAAAGGCCUUUUUUAUGAAUUCUUUAAAGUUUUAAAAUCUUUGCUGUGGCGGAAAAAGGGCGAUAAAUUAUCGAAACGCUAGGAAAUAUUUCAUAAAAGUUAGUGAAUACGAUAGGCUUCGUAAAAUUCAUUUUAAAGAUUUCAUUGCGUUUUUUAACUCACGGGACGCUACACGGUAGUUUUUACUCAAAAAAAUUAGGAAAAUCCGCAAAAAUGAUAUUCACUUAACUCAAAAAAGCUCUCAAAAGUAUCAACUUUCAAAACGAGUUUUUGGAAAUUUUCAAAGCUUCGUUUUAUAGUUUUUCAAUAAUUCUGAAGGUUGCUUCAACAUAGAAUUCUUUGAUAACAAAAUUUUGUGGUGAAGCUUUUCAACGUCAGUUUCAUUCAGACGAUUUCCACGUGGGUUCCGCCAAAAGAAGACCCCGAUCAGAUGAGUGCAAAUCGACGGAUGAUGAAACUAGACGUGGUGAGCUUUGAGUCAUGAAUUCGAGUUGAAAAAAAUACGAUAAUAUUUUAGAAAAAAAUCUGAAAGGAUACGAUGAUAUGUUUUCAAUUUUUUUGAAUUUUUUUUGUCCAUUCAAAAGAGUACCUUGGGCUAUAUACGAUUUAUCAACUUUCUGUUUUGAUAAUGGAAAAAACAAUUCCGAAAUUUCAGUAAAAAAUCUUUGUGAAAUACUGGAUGAAGCUCCUCAAUUGUUAAUCUAGGGAAAUAAAUAAAUUUGUGGCCUCAAAGUUCCAACUUAUAGGUUACUGACUAGAAAAAACGAAGCUUUUUUUAACCCACUAAGAUUUUUGAAAAAGCUCUAGAGUCCUCUGAACUUUUGCGUAGGGUACUUUUUUGUAACUUUCAGUUUAUUCAAAACGAAUUUCUUUUUUCCAGUUGGGAAGUUCGUCGAUGGAGGCUGCCCUGUCGAAAAUGACGGCCGAGGGUCAGCAAAAGCCCCCUCGUUGUCCGCCAUCCUCCCCCGCCGCCCAUCAGCUUCUGAAACCGGGAUCUCCUGUUCCCAUGGCCGUCACCACGGCGAACGGCGUCCCGAUCCGCUCGGCCACCCUCCAGAACUCUUCCAUCGGCGCUUCGCUCAAGGCGAUUCUCGAGAAGAAGCCUGUCCUGACUGUAGCUACUGCCAAUCCCCCGGCUCCUGCUCCGCCGGCUCUCGAGCCACAGGCCGACAAAUGGGCUUGCUUAGGUUCGUAUGAGCAGCCAUCAACGAUAGUUUUCGUAUCUCCGAAUUUUAUAUGAGACGCGAAAUCCAGAUAGGAAGACAAUUAAUGAGUUAGACAAGAUACACGAUUUUUGUCUCCUAAUUUGUCUUUUUGGGGUUUUUGAAAAUUUUCCUUAGUGAGGUUUCUAAGAAGGAAAAAAGAAAAAGUUGCCAAGCUCACAGGUUAAUGGGUAAAAGUUUACUGAAUCAAGAUCUUAUUUUGUGAAAAACCAGUGCGAUUUUUGUAAUAGAUGUGAAGUUGUAAAACCAGCUUAAUCCGUGAAAAAAGUACAAUUUCGGUCAUUUUUUUUUUGAAAAGAAAUGGAGAUCAGAACCAAAAAGGGUCUAAAGUUCAGCCCUUUGAAAAUAUUUUGGCUUAGUAAAAUAUUCUCACGAGAAACGAAGUAUACAUCGGAAAGUACGAGCGUUGAACAGCAUGAAAAAUAUUUUUGUUGCUUUCUGCAUGGAAAAAAAAUUGAAGAUUUCAGGAUUUUUUAAUUGGGGAUUUUUUAGAUUUUUUCAAGAUUAAGAAGCAAUUUUUCGAAGAAUUUUAUCUUUGAAAUAAGUUACAGUAUCCAAAAAUCAAUCUAAUGAAUCUUUCGCGCUAUAGCCAUUCCAAAUGCGGCCAUCGGCUUGCAGUUAGUAUACCGAGAGCUUGAUAUUUUUCGAAAGCCUGAUCGUCUCCGGUUCACGAUGACUCAAUUUCCUGAACGAAACAAAAAAAAACGGUUCAGGACGUCUGAUCGAAAGCGUCUGCCGAGAGGUCGAAUCCCGGAACAUGCUGCUUUCUCUGCAACUCUACGAAGCCAUGCACUCCCUCAUCUUCCAGUACCAGCGAAAAUCUCUCGGUCUUACCCAAUUUUGA